AUGUUCUUCACUCAAAAGUUGUAUUUCUUCCUUCUUUUACUCUUAAUAACACAUAUAUCAGGUUAUUCAUACAAUCGACCAAAUCUUUCUUCGAAUUCAACAUGGAAUACAAAUGGAUUAACAAUUAUUAAUCAAACUCUCAUCGGAUCAAAUCUAUUUGAUUUGUUUAUCAAUGAAAAUAACACAAUUUAUAUUCUAAAUCAACAGAUUUUCAUUUUUCCCCAAGGAAAUUUAAGUUUAAUGCAGAAUAUUUCUGUUUAUUUAAUAAAUUCAUCAAGUUUAUUCGUAACAAAAGAAGAAAAGAUUUAUGUGAACACAUUCUAUUCAUCGUUAACGAGUGUCAUAAGUGAAAUUGAAAGAAAUUCAACAAAUUUGAUUUCAAUUCCACGAUUGAAUUUGUGUAAAGAAUGUUUUGAUAUUUUCAUCAGUGAAAAUCAAAUUCUUUAUUGUUCAUUAUCUGAACAACAUCAAAUCAUUUCCAAAUCAUUAUUCAAUCAAUGGAAUCAUUUGAAAAUCGUGGCAGGAACAGGAAGUGCAGGAACAACAUCAACAACACUUCGAAAUCCUCGAGGAAUCUUUAUUGAUGAAAUCAAUUCAACUUUAUUUGUUGCAGAUUGUGGAAAUGAUCGAAUUCAAUCAUUUCAAUUAGAUUCAUUUCUUGGAAAAACAAUCUUUACAAAUCAAACAUUUGAUCUGAAUUGUCCAAGUGGAAUUACAUUGGAUAAACAAGGUUAUUUAUUUGUUGUUGAUUCGGCUAAUCAUCGAAUUCUUGGACAAAAUGCUCAAGGUUUUCGUUGUUUAGUCGGAUGUAAUCGAUCAGUUGGAAUAAGUACAAAUCAAUUGAAUUAUCCAUCGAGUCUCAGUUUUGAUUCGUUUGGAAAUCUUUUUGUUGUUGAUCAACAAAAUCAUCGAAUUCAAAAAUUCAAUUUGAAUAACAAUUUAGAAAAUGUUUCAUGUGAAUAUUCAUGUUUAAAUACAACAAUAUCAAAAAUAUCAACAAUUGCAUUUUAUACAUUUGAUAAUAACACAUUUGAUAAUGUUGGUAAUUAUUCAAUGAAUGAAACAUUUCCGGUGAGUUAUGUUUCUGGAUGGAUUGGUUUAGCUAUUAACUUUACAUAUACUGAUUACAAAUAUCUUUCGACUAAAAAUCAUAUUCCAUUGAAUAAUCGUUCAUUUACAAUUGAUUUUUGGUUUUAUACAACUAAUCUCACAGGUUUUAAAGAUUUGAUUUUUGCUGGCGAAUGUCAAUCAUCGACAAACGAUCAAUGUUUAUGUCUCAAUGUUCGUUAUAAACUUCUUCGCAUAGUAUUUUUUGGCGAUGAUACAUUUGCCAAAACAAAUUUAAUGAUAAAUCGAUGGUAUCAUGCAACAUUUGUGUACGAUUCGACAGUAAAACAACAAUUGAUUUAUUUAAAUGGUUUAUUAGAUGGGAAUAGAACUGUGAGUAAUCAUUUGUCUGCAACAGUUGCAUUAUUUACAAUUGGUGGUGGACGGGCUGGUGGAGAUUCAUCACCAUUUGUUUAUUAUUCUGGUUCUAUUGAUCAUUUUGGAAUCAGUUAUCGAGUUAAAAGUCCAUGUGAAAUCUACUUAAAUGCAAUACUUUUCUGUUAUUUUCAAUUCGAAUCUUUAUCACCUUUGAUCGACUCAGGACCAAAUCUAAUCAAUGCCAUCAAUUCAAAUGGAAUUCAAACAAUUGGACAAGUAAAUCAAGGAAUACAAUUCUCAUCUUCAUUGUCAUAUGUGACAAUUGAAGGAAUUAAUCUUUUCAAUAUGUUAAAUUAUCCAUUUACAAUUUCCAUGUGGAUUAAACCAAUGAAUUUGACUGGUGGUGGAAUACUUCUUCAUACAUCAACUCAAUCUAAUGGUUUGGGUGUUUGUUUUUCCUUGUGGGGAUUUUCUUCGAAUGGUUCAUUCAAUGUAAAUUUCAUUGAUUCAUCAAAUCAACUUACUUCAAUGAUGAUUUCAAGUUCAUUUUCAUUGAAUCAAUGGACUCAUCUUCUUCAAAGAUAUGAUCCAUCAAGUGGAACUGAUUUCUACGUGAAUGGAACUGUGAUUAUAUCAAAUACAUCAUUAUCAACACAUUCGCCCUUUGGAUCUUAUGUUUUUCUUGGUUCGUCACCAACAAAUACAAGUUCUUGUCAAAGAGGAUCAAUUUCAAUGAAACAGUUUGUUGGUGUUGUUGAUGAAUUAUACAUUUUUAGUCAAGCAUUAGCACCGAAUGAUAUUUGUUAUUUAUCAAAUCCUUGA